CCCCUCCUCUAAAUUUAGAACCAUCAUCAUCCUCCAUUGUUCCCGGCAUAACUAAAGCUAUGGAGAUCGAGAGAGUCCAAGACAUUUCAUCAUCUUCCCUCCACACCGAAGCCAUCCCUCUCGAGUUCAUCAGAUCGGAGAAAGAACAGCCGGCGAUCACCACUUUCCGAGGUCCGACGCCGGCGAUCCCCGUCGUCGACCUGAGCGACCCCGACGAAGAGAGCGUGGCGCGUGCGGUGGUGAAGGCGAGUGAAGAAUGGGGGAUUUUCCAGGUGGUUAAUCACGGGAUCCCCACGGAGCUGAUAAAAAGGUUGCAGGAAGUGGGGAGAACGUUCUUCGAGCUUCCGUCGGCGGAGAAAGAGUCCGUCGCGAAGCCCGUUGAUGCCAAGGACAUCGAAGGGUACGGAACGAAGCUACAGAAAGAAGUAGAAGGUAAGAAAGCUUGGGUUGAUCAUCUUUUCCACAGGAUCUGGCCACCGUCGUGCGUUAACUACAGUUUCUGGCCCAAGAACCCACCUGAGUACAGGGAGGUGAACGAAGAGUACGCGUUGCAUGUGAAGAAGCUGUCGGAGACAUUGUUAGGCAUACUCUCGGAAGGGUUAGGCUUACGUCGUGAGGCGUUGAGAGAAGGUCUCGGCGGAGAUCUGGCGGAGUAUAUGAUGAAGAUUAACUAUUAUCCGCCGUGUCCUCGACCGGAUUUAGCUUUGGGAGUACCCGCGCAUACUGAUCUCAGUGGAAUCACUCUGCUUGUACCUAAUGAAGUUCCUGGACUUCAAGUCUUCAAAGACGAUCACUGGUUCGACGCCGAGUAUAUUCCUUCCGCCGUCAUUGUUCACAUCGGCGAUCAGAUACUGAGGCUAAGUAAUGGGAGGUAUAAGAAUGUGUUGCAUAGGACGACGGUGGAUAAGGACAGGACGAGGAUGUCGUGGCCAGUGUUCUUGGAGCCACACCGUGAAAUGAUAGUCGGGCCAUUACCGGAGCUUAUAAGCGAUGAUAAUCCUCCAAAGUACAAGCCUUUUGCUUUCAAGGACUACAGUUACCGUAAGCUCAAUAAGCUUCCUCUGGACUGAGAAACCAAAAAAAAA